GAGCUUUGAAGGAAGUAGUAAGAGAAGGGAGGACAGACAGUCCCACGAUUCAGUCUGUUCUCCUCCCUCCCUCCUCCUUGCCCUGAGUAGUUAUUUUCACCAGUACCCCUCUCCUCCCUCCCAAAACAUCCAUUCUGGUCCAACGCUGAGGCAGGGGGUGUGGUGUUAGGGCUCAGCACUCCCUUGUGCAAGUCUGAGGAAGAGGGAGAGAGCGGGACAGGGGUACUGAACAUCGAGGGGAAACGCAAGUCUUCAUCACCUGACGCAAACAGCUGCUGCUGUGUCCCCUAAAGACACCGACAGAACCCAGUGAACAGCCCCAUACAGUAUACUGGACAUGGAGGCGGGACCUGAUGAGGGAGCAGUGGGGGCUGCGUCUGCCAAUGAGGCCUCCGAGACGACCCCCAGCGACACGUCGUCAGGCACACUGACCAGUCAGUAGCUAGCUGCUAUUGAGGAUGAAGAAGUCCUGAAUAAACUGGUGGGGCACUCGUGUUGGAUAAGGCUGUGGAUUUUGAUGAAAGGCGAAUGAUCCGCGCUGCAUUGAGGGACCUGCUCAAGAAGAAGAGAGAGAAGCGAGAGAAAGAGCGGGGGUCACGGCAAGAUGACCUGAGACAGCAGGCUUUGAGUAAAGCAGACUCAGGACGAAUGGGAAUGAACAGGGGCCAGACCAGCAAUCACCAGCCUAAAUCCCACAUGCACAGCCAAUUUCCUGCAUCAACCACCAGCUCCUUGUCUAAGACAACUAGCAGCAUGGCCAACCCAGCUAUCGCAACAGCCCAUCAGUCUUCCCCUGUCGCUGCAGCACCCAACAUGAAAAAUGUCAAGCAGAUGUUACUGGAUUGGUGCAGGGCCAAAACCGAACCAUAUGAGGGGGUGGAAAUCCACAACUUCUCCUCCAGUUGGAGUGAUGGCAUAGCGUUCUGUGCGCUGGUGCACAGGUUCUUCCCAGAUGCAUUUGAGUACUCCAUCCUCAACCCCAACGCACGCAAGGACAACUUUGAGCUGGCCUUCAGCACUGCAGAGAGGCUGGCAGAUUGCCCCCCUCUGCUGGACGUUGAAGACUUGCUGCGGAUGCGUGAGCCUGACUGGAAGUGUGUGUACACAUACAUCCAGGAGUUCUACCGAUGCCUGGUGGAGAAAGGCCUAGUUAAAACUAAAAAGAAACUCUAAAUACACUGUUUCACAGUAUACUUAAAUACAUGUUGCGUCCACGUGCCAUGGGGAAGGGAUAUAAACGUUUGCAAUUUGCUGCAGCAGCUUGUAAGCACAUAGCUGGGAUUUUGAUUAUUUGUGUAUUUUUUUAUUGUUUUGUGUGAGCUUACACUUAUCUGUGUAUGUUUUCAGAAGACAGCUGGCACUUAGGAUCUGUACAUUCCACUAAGAUUACACAUCUACAUUAAUCUCAGUCAGAGCCAUAGGGAAUCUGUGAAUGGCUUUUUGGGGUGCUGAGGUGCUGUGCCCUGACUAUCAUGCCUUUUUGUGUGUAGGCUAUGUAUGGAUUAAAGAUACUGUGCAUGA